AUGGCCUUCCUUCAAGUCGUUCGAGCCGUCUAUGACUAUGCGCCGCAGUCCGAUGAAGAGUUGGAGAUCAAGGACGGCGACCUGCUCUUCGUGCUGGAGAAGAGCUCCGAGGAUGACUGGUGGAAGUGCAAGAAGAAGGCCGCCUCCGAGGAUGAGGACGAGCCAGAGGGCCUCGUGCCCAACAACUACGUGGAAGAGGUCAAACCCACACACCCCGCCAAGGCACUCUACGACUACACCAAGCAGACCGAUGAAGAGCUGAGUUUCCAGGAGGGCGCACAGCUGCAGGUGUAUGACCAAACCGACCCGGACUGGACGCUGGUGGGAAGGAAUGGCGAGUAUGGCUUCGUGCCCGCCAUCUACAUCGAGCACCUACCUGCUGGAGGCAGUGCCGCUCCUGUCGCUGCUCCUGCGCCGCCCGCCAUGCCUCCCCGCUCUUUAGCUGACGACGACGAUGACGACGGACCGCUACCCGGAGAGGCCGAUUAUGUGCCUCCUUCAUCACCGCAGACGUCUUCUAAUAACCCCGCAGCAGCACUCGCUGGCAUCAUUGCUCAAAAGACUGGAGGUGCCACCGACUCCGCCCCCUCCACCCAACGAACGCUAGCCGCUCCUCCGCCGAUGGCACCUCGCCCGCAGUAUACGCCAGAAGAAAGUGACGAGGAGGAAGCACCGCCUCCAAAGCCGCAGCGCCCGCAGUCCAAUGCCAUGCCGUCUCCUUCGCCUAUCCAAUCACCAGCCCGCGCGUCACCACCAGUCCGAUCACCAGCGAGGACAGAGUCACAAUACGUGCCUUCCGGAACUGCCGAAGCUGGUGGCAUUUUUCCGUCUCCGCCGUCAAGCGCAAGAACACCUACCUUUGACGACUAUGACGUUCCUCGGAGUCCUGCGGGCUACCGCCUGUACAGUAUACACGAAGUCAUUACACACAUGGGCAAGUCGAAGAAGCUCCCCAUGACACUGGGCAUAAAUUUGCAGAAGGGCGUCAUCAGGAUAUCUCCGGACAAGAGCAAGGAUGGCGAGGCGAAAGAGUGGUCGGCGGAAAAGCUGGAACAUUAUUCGAUCGAAGGAAAGCACGUAUUUGUUGAGCUAGUCAGGCCCAGUCGGAGCGUUGACUUCCACGCCGGGGCUAAAGAGACAGCGCAGGAGAUUGUGGCACAUCUGGGCGAGGUGGCAGGCGCUAGUAGAGCCAUUGGGCUGAGCGAGGUUUUGGAAGCGAGCGCAGGGACCGGUACUGCAGGGCUAAAGACAGGGCAGAUGCUUUACGAGUUCAUGGCGCAGGGCGAUGACGAAGUUACGGUCGCUGUCGGAGAUGAGGUUAUUGUUCUGGACGACACCAAGAGCGACGAGUGGUGGAUGGUGAGGCGGUUAAAGAAUGGCAAGGAGGGCGUGGUGCCGUCUUCAUACGUGGAGGUUACUGGCACAGUCCCGACACGACCCGACACUGCGCUGGAUGCUGCAAGAAGCACUGUCGAGCAGAACAGGCUGGAGGAGGAAAGAUUGGCAAAGGACGCUGCCAAGGGCAGUCGCGGUAUACCAGAACGAGGCUCCAGCCUGACCGGCGAGUCAUCUUCUUCACGGAGCAAGUCAAAGAGAGGCACCAAAGAGCCCAGCGGUGCAGGCAAGAGCAAGCCCAAUCCAACUCGCGUGAGGAUGUGGACCGACCGGUCAGGGACUUUCAAAGUGGAGGCGGAGUUCAUUGGAUUGAGGGAAGGCAAGAUCCAUCUUCACAAGAUGAACGGCGUCAAGAUUGCCGUACCUGUUGCGAAGAUGAGCGUGGAAGAUCUGGAGUAUGUGGAGAAGGCGACUGGAGCGAGCUUGGACGAAGACAAGCCCCUUUCCGACAUCAAACGAAGGUCAACUCAGAAGAAGACGAACGGGGCAGGGGCAGGGGCAGCAGGGGCUUCUGUCGUGCCAAAGGAUCAUGAGUACUGGUUCGACUUCUUCCUGCAAUGUGGUGUAAACCCUCAGAUCUGCGACCGGUACGCGAGUGCAUUCAGCAGAGAUCAGAUGAGCCCUGAGGUCUUGCCGGAGGUGAACGAGCAGCUCCUUCGCACUCUGGGACUGAAGGAGGGUGACAUCAUCAGAGUGGUGAAGUUCCUGGACAGCAAGUACGACCGCAAGAAGACUGUGGUGGGCGGGCCAGGUGCGUCAUCAGCAGGUGAUCAAGAUACGAUCGAGCAUGCGAAUGGAAGUGGACUGUUCUCUGGCCCAGGCGGAGCGUUGAAGAACAACACACGAAAGGGCAGACCAGCGCCUGCGGUUCAAACGAAUGAUGUGGUGUCGGAGGACGCUUUCAAGACGAAGGACGAUUCGAGCUCGCCCGCCGCGAGGAGUCCGAACGAAGGCGCACAACGGACGGUCCUGGCCAGUGCUCCCGCACGAGAGGCUAAGACCGGGUUUGAUGAUGAUGCUUGGGACGUGAAGCCGGCUCGAACGCAGACUCCCGAGCUGCGAAGGCCUGAAGAGCCGUCCAGACCUGCAGAACCGCCGAAGCCAAGGAUGAACGACGACAUUGCAUCUCUUUCUAUCACGAGCCCGCCUUUGCAGCCAACACCAGCAGCACCGCCCGCACCUGUGCAGUCUCCUCCGCCCGAGCAACAGCAGCCUCAGGCACCGCCAGGCGCCAAUCAGCAAAUCUUCGACAAGAUUGCUUCUCUGGCUCCUCGACAGCGCCCAAAUCCUCCUCCACAGCAACAGCAGACUGGUGGCGCUUUGUCUAUGCCUCCGCCACCGAGAGCAGCAUCCGCACCUGGUUUCCAACCUCAGCAGAAUGGCUUUGGAAACGUUGCACCGCUGCAGGCACAGCUGACCGGAUACCAGCAACAGUAUCAGCAGCCCAUGCAGCCACAGCAGACGUCUUACCAACAACCUCAAGGCUAUGGCGGCUUCCAGGGCCAACAGCAGAACGGAUUCAUGCCACAGCAGACGGGUGUCCAGGCUAUGCAGCAGAAUUACCCAGCUCUGCAACCCCAGCCAACAGGUCUCAACUUCCAGCCACAGAGCUCGUUUGGCCAGCAACAGCAGAGCCAGUUAUAUCCAGGCGGGAACUUACAGCAGCAACUCGUCAAUGGCGCCCAAACAGGCUCACCCUUCGCCGACCCGCCACGACAGCCUUACCAGCCAAAUGCUCCGAGUGGUCUGCAUAACUCGUUCUCGAUGCCUCAGCAGACUGGCUUCCAGCCUCAACAAACAGGUUUCCAGCCUCAACAGACGGGCUUCCAACCUCAACAACAACAACAGACUGGCUUCCAACAGCAGCAGCCAAGCUUCAAUAUCGCUGCUCCAACUGGCAUGAACGGUGGCUACGGGGCUCAACCGCAGCAAGGCGGAGCGCCACAGCUCCCUCCCCAGCAGACUGGUGGCGUGUUCGGCCCUUCGCAGCCCGUCACGCCGCUGGUGCCGCAGAAGACUGGACCUGCACCGCCCGUGAGGUUUGGCGUGCAGCCGGGCGACAAGAAGUUGAUGCCGCAGCCGACGGGGAGGGCCAAUUUGGCGAAAGCUACUCCCCAGAAUCCCUUCGGUUUUUAG